CCUCUGGUAGAGCCUCCAGUCAAGAAUUUCUUCUGGAGGCGCUGGAACAGGCCAAUAGCCUUGGCUGGUUCAUUGCUCAAAGUUAGGGAUUUUUCAUUCCUUUUUUAUGGUUUAAUUCAUAUACGGAUGGCAACCUAAGCUGGUAGCUUGUUUGUGUUUUAACUGGUAUAUCAUUACAUGUUAUUUCGAGACGUCAAUCUUCGUUUUAGUGCGCUGGGUGACCACUAGACGCCAGCCAUGGGUGUGAAACAUCAAACUGGAAAGCAAAGAAAGGACAAAUUCUAUCACCUUGCUAAAGAGACCGGCUUUCGUGCUCGGUCUGCAUUCAAGCUUAUUCAGCUAAACCGCAAGUUUGAAUUUCUGCAGAAGUCGCGUGUGGUGCUAGAUUUGUGUGCUGCGCCAGGAUCAUGGAUGCAGGUGGCGCGCCAAAACAUGCCUCAGGCAGGCAUUUGUGUGGGUGUCGAUAUCGCACCCAUCAAGCCAAUCCCCAACUGCAUCGCACUUCGUGAGGACAUCACGACCGACAAGUGUCGCCAGGCGUUGAAGCGCGAACUGAAGACGUGGAAAGCAGAUGUGGUGAUGAACGACGGCGCUCCGAACGUCGGCAAGUCGUGGCUGCACGAUGCUUUCAAGCAGGCUGAGCUAACGCUAUCGGCACUUGCACUUGCCACUGACUUCCUGCGCAAGGGCGGAUGGUUUGUCACGAAAGUGUUCCGCUCCAAAGACUACCAUGCGCUUAUCUGGGUCUUCAAGAUGUUCUUCAACAAAGUCCAUGCCACCAAGCCUCAGGCUUCGCGAAACGAGUCCGCCGAAAUCUUCGUCGUUUGUCAGGGCUAUAAAGCCCCCGACAAAAUCGAUCCCAAGUUCCUGAACUCGAAGUACGUGUUCGGCGAGCUGACCGAAGAGAAGCCCACCCAGCUGGUGCUCGGACGUCCGAUGAAGAAGGAGAAGGCCUUAGGAUACGCAGAGGGUGAUGCCACCGUCUACAAUGUUCUAAAGGCAUCGGACUUCAUCAGCAAGGCAAAUCAUCUUGGGAUGCUGCAGGCUGCGACAAAGAUCGUCCUGGACACCGAUGUUAUCGCGAACCAUCCUGCUACCACCGAUGAAAUCCGUUCCAGCUGUGAAGACAUCAAAGUUCUUGGCAAAGCCGAGAUCAAGUCGCUUAUCAAGUGGAGAAAGAAGCUGAAAGACGAGCUGGAGAAGAAAGAGGAAGAUGUCACUGAAGAAAAAGAGCCGGAGGAUGCGGAGGAAGAUGAGCUCACAAAGAUUGAUAAGCAGAUAGCUGAACUGAAGGCACAACAGCAUGCAGAAGCUAAAAAGAAACGAAAGAAGCUGCUUCGAGAGCGGAGAUCGAUUCUAGAGAAGCUCCGAGUGUCUGGUUAUUCAACUGAGGGCAGAGUAGAGCAGUCAGAACAAGACCUGUUUGCACUUCGUGACAUAAAGGAUCCCAGUAAGGCACUCGAUGCUGACGUGAAUGACAUCCCCAUGGAUGAAGAGCCUGUGGAGGAUGAUGACGUUCCUCGGAUAAGGGCGUUCGACCGUGAAGACAAAGCCCGAGACGCCAUGGGUAACUUCGAUCCGAACUUACCAGAGAGGCUAGAUGAGGAUGACCUGCAGUGGGUUGACGACGAUGAGGAAGGCCCAGACGGACUUGGACUGGAUGCAAAGGGUGACGGUGGCUCAGAUGUGGAUGAAGAGGACGACGAAGAAGAACCGCAGCUGCUGGUGGAUGACAUUGAGCUCACCAAAGGAAGGAAGGCCUCAAAUAUAGAGCGCCGGGCACGUAAAGCCGAACUGUGGUUCGACAAAGACGUUUUUGAGUCAAUUGAAGAUGAAGCUGACGAGGAUUUCGAAUUGGAGCAAGCGCUGAAGUCACAUGAGGCAAAAGGUGGUACCUUAUUCAGUAACGCUAAGAAAGAGCCCGGUGAAACAAAAGAAAACGGCGAAGAACAGGAGGAUACAGAGGUAGAAAAGUCAACAAGCAAGCAGGGCAAGUCCAAAUUUGAUAGUGAUAGCGAAGGCGAAGAUGAUGCGGACAGCGCCAGCGAAGGUGACGCGAAGUCGGACAGCAGUUCCGACGAGUCAGACGACGACGCACCACGAGCCAAGGGACGGAAACGCGCAAUGGCAGCGGCGGAGGCCGUCUCCGGCACGCCCGCUCCCAAGAAGAAGCGGCAGGUGAAGCUGGACGCCGAGGGCCUGGCUCUGGGCUCCAUGCUCAUCCACUCCAAGAAGUCUCGCCGUGACAUCGUCGACGCCAGCUACAACAGGUACGCGUUUGACGACGCGAACCUGCCCGCGUGGUUCGUGGAUGACGAGAAGCGGCACAUGCGCUGGAAGCCGGAGCUGGACCCGGCGCUGGUGGCAGAGUACAAACAGCGCCUCAAGGAGGUGGAUGCACGACCCAUCAAGAAAGUGGCCGAGGCCAAGGCACGAAAGAAGCGUCGCCUUCAGAAGAGGCUGGAGAAGGCCAAGAAGCGCGCCGAAGGCGUGAUGCAAAAGGAAGAUACCACCACCAUGGAGAAGGCGCGUGAGCUGAAAAAGAUCUACGCACGGGCGCGUAGCAAGAAACAGGAAGAGGUGAAGUACGUGGUAGCAAAGAAGUCGACACAGUCUGGGAAGCGGGCAAUCCGGCCUGCCGGCGUCAAGGGACGCUACAAGGUGGUCGACCCUAGGAUGAAGAAGGACUUGAGAGCGAUGAAAAAUGCUGGUGGGGGUAAACCUGGAAAAGGUGGCAGGGCGGGCAAGUCCGGCCGAGGAGGUGGAAAGGGACGGGGAGGCGGCGGCGGGAGAGGACGGGGCGGUAAGAGAUGAAAAUCGUAGCUUGGCGGGAGCUUCUAUCACAUUGUGUUGUUCAUGUCAUGUGCCGAAAUAUACCAUGAAGUCUACAGCUA